GACCGUACGUCACUUCCCUGUCAUUCAAUGCGCCAUUUUCUCUUUUUAUGUGCUCGAACAACGAAGCUACAUUAAGGAUUAAUUCGUCAGAGCGCAUUUUUUUUUGUCGCUGCUGCUAAAAAAAAAUAAUUAAAACUAGAUUUUUUGUGACUGUGGCGCUGUGCAUCCACGCUGCCUGUAAUCGCCGUUGGCUCGCGGAUUGGUGGGAAAUCUGCUUUGUCGCCCUUUUAGGAAAAAAGCGGUAAACUCCCUCCGGAAAAAAAAAAAAAAAAAAAUCAGUGGUGCUACAGAAGGGGAGGAGCCAUGUAUCAGUUUCCAGUUCGAGGACUAGAGAAAAUCCGAAGAACAAGAAAGAAGGUGAAAAACAUUUUGGGUGAAUUUGGCCUUGAAGAGUGCUUAAGCUUGUGUGAGAGUCUUCAGGAGUUUGAUCCAGGAGACAGCGUUUUUGGUGCCACUGAAUGGACCGAUUUAUCAGAUGGCUUUAAUGGCAAGUGGAAGAAAAAGUGGAUCUACCGCACCCGAGGCCUGUGCUGUCCAUUGUGUAAAUUUUCGACACGGUCCUGGUAUUCCUUCAGGGCUCAUAUUCAUCGCUACCAUGAUGAUGAGCAGUCAGCCUGCAGUCUCUCUGCCUGCUCCUCCUGCCCAUUUAUCGGCCACCCUAAAGUCAUCUCCAAGCACUAUAAACUGUUCCAUUUUGAAAAUCAGAAGCCAGAAUCUGACACGGUGACACCCCUGUCUGCUAAAGCAUUAAGUGGUCAUACAUUUCAGUGCCGAAAAUGCCCCGUUCGUGAUGAUCUCUUGUACAGCAUGAGAAAACAUGUUCUCAUUAAUCAUUACACCGCACUGUUGAAUCGCUUUGCUGGACAAAGAGCAGACACUGAGUUGAAGGCCCUUGGUCAGAUGUACAGGAAAUUUUAUUGUAAGGUCUGUGGUGCGAAUGCAGACACCUCCGAGCACCUGCUCUAUCACAUACUGACCUCUGACAAGCACAGGGAAUUGGAUUUGCACAUAAACUCUCUCAUUUUUGAAACAGACGUUAAGAAGCCACCUCCCACUCUAGCACCAAAGAUCCAAGGUAGUCCUGUUAUAGCAGGACCACCUAGCCAACCUUUAAUGACUCCUGUACCAACUCCAGGCACAGUCUUGCCAUUGGCUAAUGGUGGACCUAGAUUACUCCCUCCCCCUAACACAGCAGUUCUUCCUGUUCAAGCCUCAACCUUGCUUCAGCUUGCUAGCGCUGAGGCAAAAGGUUUGCUGCAGCCUGGUCAGCCACUGACUAUCCAGAAUGUUCAAGUUCCAAGAACUGUCUCUGCAACGCUGCCUAAUAUUGGAGGAACAACUCCUGCCCCAACGCUUCAGCCGGUUAUCCCUCGCCAGCAGCCAGUCAGGGUUGGAGUCCCAGGUCCUCUUCAUCCUCCACCACGUCAGGUUUUGCUUCCACCUGGGUUACAGUUUAAUGUCCCAACUGUAAGGGGGCCACCACCACAGCCAAUGAUUGUCGCGCCAAGGUUCCCCUUGAAUCAGCCUACCCCUAGAGGUACCAUGCUUACAUCCCAGUCCCUUCUGAGUCAUCUGAUCCCCACAGGCAACAAAGUCGAUGGGCUGCCUACCUACACUCUUGCACCAUUACAAGUUUUGUCAGUCCAGGCAAACAAUGUCCAAGUAGUCAGCAAAGCACCGUUGCCGGUGUCCCAGAACAAUGGCAUGCAUCAGCAAAACCCCCAAGAUUCCAAGCAGACCAAGAAAUGGGUCACCUGCCCCAUUUGUAACGAGCUUUUUCCAUCCAAUAUAUAUGACUCCCAUGUGGAGGUCCAUAAAGACUCAUCCAAGAAGUCCAAGCUAGGCCUGGCUGCCCGAGCACCCUUUUUGAAGAAAAUGCCUGACAAGACAGUGAAAUGCCUGAUGUGUAAAAUCUUGCUGUCCGAAAAGGGUAUUUUUGAACAUCUGAUUCAUGGUUUGAACUGCUUGUUUUGUCCUGGGAUGUUCUACUCCAUCAAACAGCUGGUUGCGCAUAUUCAGGUUGAGCACAAUCCAACCCAAAAGUCCAACUGUGACUUCAUGAGGCGAGAGUAUCGUCUUUAUACCGACGAGUCUGGCUACCUCCUGUUUCCCUAUUUUGAUAUCAACACCACGGCCCCGAAAGAGAUGAUGGGAGAAAAAGAGCUUAACUUGGCCCUAGUUACUAAUUCACUCGAUCUGAUCUUUUUGAGGAUGUCGCCUAUGAAUCCGCAAGCUGUAUGCAAGAUGCCCGUGCCUAAGCCGGACAGCUUAGACUGCGUCUUCUGUUCUGAGAAGCUGCUGAACAUGGAGUGCUAUCAAAUGCACCUCAGAGAAAAGCACUUCAUCGUGCCUACUGUCCAUGCCAUACUUAAAAUGCCAGCAUACAAGUGCAUCUACUGUGGUGGGGUAUACACGGGCAAAACGACGGUCAAAGCGAUCAGUGUCCACGUAUCCAGAUGUCGCGCUGCGCCCAAAACGCUCAAAGAUGCUGAAAGGGUCAAUUCUGGACUAACGAUUGGCCCCAGAGUAAGCCAAGGUUUAAUUUCGUUCCCAGCACCCCGAAAACAGACUACAGCUCCAGUCCCAGGACAAGUCCAAGCAUCGGUUCCAGCACCUCAACCUCAAGAGACAGAUGCCGAAGUGCAGAGCAAGUUGAGGUUGGAGCUGGCUGUGAAGGAGGCCAUAGAAGCUAAUAAGAGAGAGAGAGAGGCCAGAAUAGCAAGAAAAAAGAGGUUAGAUAAAGAGAGGUGUGCUGGUUUGCCUACUCCUCCAGCUGAAGUGGUGGAUGAUCCUUCUGUGCAGUUUGCUCUGGAUCCUACCGGAAUGGAGUUACGCUCCUUCGAGACUCGCCGGGAAUUCGUGAACAAGUACUUCAACGUACAGCCGUACCCAGUCAAGAAGGAGAUCAUUGCCCUGAGCAGUCGAUUGCUGCUGAACAAAACCGACGUUGCCUGCCAGUUUGGCUCCAAACGUACCAGGUGUAUGAAGCAACUGCAGCGAAACAAGGCGGUGGUGUUGUUAGGUUUCAACAUGACCGAGCUGAUGAAGGUGAAACACAACCUGCUCGUUCCUGAAAUAGUGCCAGAGAAGCCGUCCACGGAAACAGAAACGCGGGAGCGUGAAGAAAUAAGCGACGUGACCGAAGGGGAAAAGCUUCCUGAAAGUUGAGCACUGUACGAGGCGGAAUAAAUGGCUCUAAACUGGACUAAACAUAUGGAUUAAAUAAAUAUACUCCUCAAAACAAUGCAAAAAGUGUGUAUGGUGUUAAUGUAGAUCAGUUUUGAAAGAACCAGUCAUGUUAAUGAAAUCUUUUGUAGCCCCGUUUUUCUUAGAAUUAAAUUGAAUUAUUAGUAAAGUAGAACUUCUUUAUGAGUUCGUAUGCUGUUCGGUAAUGAGUUUGAAUCGUCAUCCUUCACAGAACAUACUGUAUUACUGUUUAUUACCUACUUUUGAGAAUGGCACGCCUGUUAUGCCACAGACGUAUUGUGUGGUUUAUUUGGCCUUAAUUGUCCGUUUUGUAUCAUUUCCCUAUUAUGUAUUUUAUUUAGAGCUCUUUAAGUUAAAAUGCAUACUCCUAUAGUGUGUUUUCUGAAAUGUAAUGUAUUUAUCGAAUUAUGUGCACCCCCCCCACAACCCGAUACACUUUCAGUAUUUCAUCUUAAGUGCUUGUUCAUUGAUCCUGUAUCUACAGCACAGGAUUGUUAGUAUAUAUAUAUUUUUCCUUCCAAGAGGACUAUUCAUGUUUUCCUUUAGACAUUUAUAGUUAUCUCUUUAUUGAAAUCUGGGAUUUGGGAUAGUAUUCAUCAAGUUAAGUAGUCAAAUUCUGUGUUGCAUCUGUGGACUGGCUAAUGCUCUGGCCUACUGGGUCUGAGAUACAACAUUCUGUGUUUAACAUUGCCGGUUAUAAGCAUAGUUUAUUAAUGUGUUUUUUAUAAAGGUAAAAUGUAAGGUUGUAUGAAAGGUUAAUAUGUCCGCACACUAUGUUUUCAGACUUGUCUUGAUGGUUCGAGCAAAUUUCAACAUUCCCAAGGUUACAGUUUGAGAAACAAUGCAAAAUAAACAGUCACAGGAGAGAGAAAAAAAAUCUUA